AUGGUGGGGAUGCGUCAGGAGUGUAUUAGCAAUUGUGGUGACCCAUGGAUUCUCGUAGAUCCAGUCGUACCCUGUACUGUCGCUCCUGGUGUGACGAUGGCCCAAUUUGCGCAUACAAAUACAGCAAUCUACCCGUCAAUAACUAUGGAAUCGCUAUUAAGAAAAUCUUGCAGUGUGAUAAAUGUCCUGAGAGGUGAAUCUCUCGACAGCUGCCCCAGAGGAGUUCUAUCCAAAGUAUUCCCACAACUGACUCAGGCAUUCACUUUUAAAAAGUUCCCAUUCCCAUAUAUUUAUGACACAGUAUUGAAAGAUGAGCGCUUAGUAGAGGUUGUGAAAACAUCAGCUGAACAGCUUGUAGAAGAUGGAGAUGCUACUCCAGAACAAAAGACUAAAUUCUAUAAGCGCCAACAAGAAAGAGCGGUUCGCUUACUAUCGAAUCUUCGAUCAACAUUCUCAGAUAUCAUUCUCAGGUUAGCAUCAUGGGUGAUGACGAAAGUGUUUUCGAAAACUUUUUCGGGCGUUGUCGUUCAUCCAGCGCAUUUGGAGAUGCUGAAGAAGGCAAGUGGCUCAGGCCUGCCGCUGAUAUUUGUGCCUCUGCAUCGCAGCCACCUUGAUUACAUCGUCAUCACCUACAUCCUCUGCAACAACAACAUUCGAUCUCCGUUGGUCGCAGCUGGCGAAAACCUCAGGAUACCUGUCUUCGGGUGGCUUUUGCGUGGACUUGGUGCCUUUUUCAUCAAGCGAAGAAUCGACCCAGUCCAAGGCCGCAAAGACAUUCUCUACAGAGCCGUUCUGCACACUUACAUGACCGAAAGUCUGCGAGCAGGACAUAACUUUGAAUUCUUCAUCGAAGGAGGACGCACAAGAUCCGGAAAACCAUGCAUGCCCAAAGGAGGACUACUCAGUGUUUUCGUUGACGCCUAUUUGGAUGGCACAAUAGAAGAUGCCCUGUUGAUCCCAGUUAGCAUAAAUUACGAUAAACUAGUCGACGGAAACUUCGUCAGAGAACAGCUAGGAACUCCAAAGCAAAUGGAAACGUUCGGAAAUGCCAUCUCAGCUAUAUGGCGAGCUCUAACAUCACACUAUGGAAUAAUGAGAGUAGAUUUCAAUCAACCAUUUUCAUUGAGAGAACUAGUGAAAUCCUUCCAAACUCGUCUCUCUGCUGAAUUCAGCAAACAAAACGGUAAUCAGAAGAAAGUGUUGCAUUCAGUGCCGUCCAGUGCUUCGCUGUAUGGCACUGAUGUCGUAGCUGAAGAGCAGAGACAACUAGUCGAUUGUAUCGCUAGACACAUCGUUUACGGUAAGUUGUUCACAAUUCUUCUUGAGUGCGCCUGGCUGCAAUGUUGCAAACUUUGUAUUUUUAUAAUUGAUAUACUUGGACCUGGGCUUGUCAAACGUGAAAGAGAUGGUGGCAAAAUCUCAGUCUAUCCAGUAACAAUGCUUCCUAAUGUUAUUGAACUAUCCUAUUACAGUAACUCAGUGCUUCCACACUUUUCAUUGGAUUCAAUUGUUGCUACAACAAUCAAAUCGUUUGUUGCAAAGGGCCAAAGAAGUAUUCCACAGGAUUCGCUACUAGAAAAUUCUCUUCUUCUAUGUAAUAUUCUACAAUACGAGUUCAUAUUCACUAAAACUUGCCAGAAUCUGGAAAAUGCACUCCUCGAUACAAUAAAUCAUUUUCAAGAGAAAGAGAUUCUAAUUGUAGAACAGGAAAAUCUAACUGAAGAUCAAACGUGGAGUAAGCGAAUAGCUGCUCGUUUUGAGUAUGAUGACGACGACACAGAUGAAGGUGAAAGGCCCCAAUUUAGGCAACCUCCCUAUCAGAUUAAUGAGAGCAGUGAAACGUAUCAUUUCUACAGCCAACUUCUUAGGCCUUUCAUUGAUGUGUACAUAAUAAGCGCUACAAAUUUGCACAGAUUUGUGUCCCAAGUCAUUCCAGAGAGAGAUCAUAUAAAAGACGUCAUCAGUGAUAUCAACACACAACUCCAAACUGGAAGUAUUGAGUGCGGAGAAAGUGUAUCUGUCGACACUAUUCGCAACUCUCUCAAGUUGUUUGAGAAAUGGAAUGUGCUGGAGUGCCAUACUCAAGAUAAGACCAAGGUAUAUUAUCUCAACAAGCUCUAUGACAACGAACAAAGUCUUGAAAAAAUCACCAAUCGUCUUUUGCAAUUCUCUGCUAUUAGAGAAAACUGCACUUGACAUUCGAUUCGAGGAUAACACGUCAUUGCGGUGUUCAUCAACUCCAAGUCAGCUGCUGAUGAAUUAGACUGUAUCUCUGCUACCUAGCAGGAAUUGAGAACACCUCGUUGUGCUACUCCAUUUUGGGUACUCAGAAAUAUUUUAAUAAAUUUCAAGCUACGAAACAUGUUUUAGCUCGAUUGAAGAAAUAUAACAAAAUUGAUGACGAAAUUUUAAUAAAAUUAUAAAAUGUUGAAGCUCAACGGAGAAUACUCCAAGUUUUCAUCAAGGUCUUUCAGAAUAUUAUUUUUUCAUUGGAAAAGAGAAGCCAAUUUUCUGUGACAUGUAAAUAAUAUGCUGAAGCUGCAAGUUUCUUAUUUAUACUAGUGAAUUAAAAGUUGUGAAUUUAUAUAUAGUGUAUAAAAUAGUUUACUAUGCAGCUGAAUCACUAUUGUUACCAAAUAGCAUGGAAGAAUUUUACAAAUCGCUCAUUAUAAUGUGAUUUAUUCAAGCCAUAAACAUUAUCAUAUCAAUGAACUCGAUAAUAAUGAAGUUUUUUCGUUCAUAUUUUUGUAAGAGACCGAGGUAUUUUUUUCUCAAUCUUAAUGUGGCACUGGAUGAUAAAUAGCUAUUACAUACCGGUGCAUAUUUCUUAUCUAUUCUAUGUAAGGUUUUUGUUAAGUGUAAUGUAUUGAAUCUCAUCACAUUUUCUAUGAAAAUGAUUGCUAGUCGUACUGAACAAAAGUAAACAUUUAAACUAACUCGAUGAGUCAACAAAAAUAAGCAAUAUCAAUAUUGAAUUCUAUCAGGAAUCAAAAAUAAAAAUGAGGAAUUACUCUUCGGAUACCUGGUGGAAACAAUUUUUAAGAUAGUUGAUGAAAUUACUGGUAACAUGAACAAUUUAUGAGAUGUGUUGGAAUGGUUAAAGAGCUAGAAAUUUACUUACUGAAUUUAUUCAUUCAUUUAUUGGAUAGAGCAAACAAUACAAUAGUCUAAAAAGCAAAAACAGGCUAUUGCCCAAAACUUUUUCUAUUUCUUAAUUUUGUCUCAAAUUUAGUCUGAGUUCUUCGGAUACCUCCGGAUACCUUCGGAAUUGUUCUCCGGUGGAGACAAUUUUGAAGAUUAUUGAUGAAAUUAUUGGUAACAAGCAAAAUCGAUGACAUCAGUUGGAAUGGAUCAAUACCUUGAAAUUUACUUACUGAAUAAAUAACAUUUUGUCUGAGUUUGCUAGCUAGAUAGUUAAACACUAGUUAAUUGGCCAAUAUUAUUGUGCUGUGAAAUUAACGAACAUCGCACAGAUUGAGCUCAAUUCUGUGACUGACAUUUUUCUGUUAAUUAAUAGAAUGCAUGAUAUUUCAUCAUUUCAAUUGAAGGUAAAAAUAAAAAUAUCGCACAUCUUAUAAUUGGUUCUGAAAUUAAUUAUCAUUCAUCACAUUUACUAACUUAUCAAGAUGUUAGCUAGGCCUAUUGUAUUAGAUGUCAUAUUAUGAUUCUGUUAUUUUUUAUGGUACCGCAGCGUUCAUUUGAUUUACCAAUUGUAAAUAAUUUUAUUUUUAGCAUAUAAGUGAUUGGUUUAUAAUUGGCUCUCAUAAUUGAACUCUUGUGCGUCUGCAUGUGGGUUUUUCUCAUCAAUAGGUAGGUAAAUGUAAUUUUGUCCUUUAUGACAAAUAAUGAUCAAAUGAAAAGGCCAAACUCUAGAUGUUCUACUUUCUAAUAAAUUCUUGUAUGUUCAAAAGAUUUAUAAUUUUGAUUCUACUAUAUAACUUAUUAUUUAUGAUUGUUGUAUAUUUUUAUUGUUCGAAAGAUAAAAUUUUGUUAUUAGUA